CCCGAGAAAAAUUCACGAAAGGGUAAGAGCAAAAAUAAAAUUAAAAUUAAAAUCAAAUUCUAGAAGGCCGCGUGACUGCCUCAGUUGCAGAGCUUCCUUCAUCGUGAAGUCAAUCGCGAUCCAGAAUUGGAGCCAUGGAACGUCGGCUCGAUCUCGGAGACUCAUGCAACAGAGGGCAACGCGUCUCAGACUGCCGCAGGUGACCACCUGGGUGGAGAAAGGAGAUAGCUGGGCUCCGUCGAGGCACAGGAAGACACAGCCUGGGGGAAAGGAGGCCGACAGCGGUGAAUGGGUUAUGCAUGCCUCGGAGGAUUGAUGGGCAGUGGGAUGGAAGGCCUCGAAGGGGCUGUGAAGGCAGGGAGCAGCUCAGGUGAGCAUCGUGAGAUUUCAUUUUUGACCUCGAUUACCGGAACAGGCAAGCCAGGGUCUGAUCGGUCGGGUCGAGGCAUGUCGAGUUGUCCACGGGGUGUGCACGAAGUACGGUCCACCCAGAGACACAAACGGGCAUCCCGAGAUAUGGGGGAGAGUCCUGGUGCUAUUCUGGUCCUUGCCCGUCGCCACGACGGUAGGGCUGUUCAACAGUUCCAUCGCUGUCGCAUCGUUGUCUCGCAGCCCAGCACAAAGAAAUUAUCGGCGGGGAAAAUCGACAGCUUUGAUGGAUUUAUUGAUGGGUUUGGUGGUGAAGGAUGGCUGCUGCUGCCGCGCUCCAAUGGGAGACGCGGGCCCGAGUGGUGGUGUCACUCUCGCUGCUGUCAGACCACGCAGACUCGCAGUCCAUCGACUCUAUACGAACUCUGAUUCCAGGAUCUCACCAUGGUCGACCUGCCCAGCGCGCACUGUGCACUGUGCACCAGACCCCGGAAUCUCCCCCAACCUUGAUAUCGGUCGUUCGGCCGGCGAACCCUGCUU